CAGCGAAAGGAGGGAGUCCACAACAAGCGAGCUCCGGGCGGGCUGCAGAGGAUGUCGACCCCGCUGCGGGGACUAUCCCGGGGCGGGAUGCUUGUGUCCAGUCGGCUGUUCCUCACCCAGUCGCCCCGCACGUGCAGCCCUCGGCACCCAUGAAGCCUCCGCCGAUGACGCCCCGAGCUGCCAGAGUGAGGCGGAAAGUGGCCGGAGACAGAGAGCAUGUACUGGCGCGUCGGGUUCGCCUGGACGCGGUCGUGUGUGGUUGAUCUUGGCCAGAACCAGAGCUUCUCCUCCGGCCUGCUGGGCUCCGAUGAGCAGCUCUCGUUUUAUGGGUACAUCAUCGCCUACCCACUGCAGGACUACGGCGGGAUAAUGUCAGCUUUGGGCUCGGACUCGUGGUGGCGGAAAACGCUGUAUCUGACUGGAGGGGCUCUGCUCGCUGCCGCUGCUUAUUUGCUGCACGAACUGCUGGCCAUCAGAAAGGAGGAAGAGCUGGACUCUAAAGAUGCCAUCAUACUCCACCAGUUCUCCAGGCCCAAAACUGGCGUCCCAUCCCUAUCCCCUUUCUGCCUUAAGAUGGAGACCUACCUCCGCAUGGUGGACCUGCCCUACCAGAACUACUUUGAUGGGAAGCUCUCACCGCAGGGAAAGAUGCCUUGGAUCGAGUACAACCAGGAGCAGGUGUGUGGCACCGAGUUCAUCAUCGACUUCCUGGAGGAGAGGCUGGGCGUGAGCCUCAACAAGAGCCUGACGCCGCAGGAGAAGGCCAUGUCCCGUGCCAUCACCAAAAUGGUGGAGGAACAUUUCUACUGGACCAUAGCUUACUGUCAGUGGGUGGACAACCUCGAGGAGACCCAGAAGAUGCUGUCAGUGAGCGGACCACUGAGUGACCUGCUCAAGUGGAUCCUGAGUCACCUGACCGGCGGGAUUGUCAAGAGGGAGAUGUACGGACACGGGAUUGGGCGGUUUUCUAAAGAGGAGGUUUAUGCCCUGAUGGAGAAGGACAUGCGCACCCUCGCCACUCUUCUAGGUGAUAAGAAGUAUCUUAUGGGCUCUAAGCUUUCAACAGUAGACGCUGCAGUGUUCAGUCACCUGGCCCCUGCUAUGUGGACGCUACCAGGAACACGUCCAGAGCAGCUAAUCAAAGGUGAGCUGAUCAACCUGGCCAUGUACUGUGAGCGUAUCCGCCGGCGUUUCUGGCCCGAGUGGUUUGUGGACCUGGAGGACUUCUGCUAUGACACCACAGAGGGCAGCGAGUCACCCUCCAAGCUCCUCGAUCUGGGUCUAUACUCCCGCACGGAAACUUUCCAGGAUGAUACACACACACACACUUCACACACUCACACACCACAGGACCCACCGUCGCCUGGCAGCGACCCUACUGGCCACUCACUAUAUGACUCUGACAUGGACACAGAGUGCUCUGAAAUAGACCAGCUCAAGUGUUGACAAAACAUACACUUAUAGUACACACUACUUAUGUGCACACCACAGGAGGGAGCUGUAUCCCACCUGCACACAUGCCCCCCUACCUCUUAAAACAGAAAAUAACUGGGGAGUAUUUUUGGUGUUGCCUGUGCUGGUGGAGAAUUUGAGGAUAUAGAGGUAUAACUUGCACACUGCAGUGGAGGAAUGACUGCAAUAGAAGAAGAGGCAGUUAGGCACAGGUCAAAAUGGAAAAAAGUCAGAGAUGGGCAGAUGAAAAGAGAGGCAGAGUAGAGAGGGGAGAGAAAGGAUGCAGGAAAAGAUGGAAAGUAAGAACUAGAAGUAUUAAAACCAGGAGUAAAUGACGCCGCUGCUGAGAAACUCCUCCGCGUGGUCGACAUCAUCUGCAAUCACAACCUUCUACCUGUCAUCCUGUUGCCGUAACCUUGGCAACUAUGUGCGUGUGACCCCCGUUGUCCCUCAUAGCAACUCACACCACCCAGCCUUGUGUGUGUUUUCGACUAACUGAACCCUUAAACGCCUUGUAUUGAUAUGACAUUGACACAUAGGGAACUGUACAGGAUUUAUGUGAAUGAACAGAACACAGUUCCGUUGUAAAUAUAUAUAAAUGGAUCUAAUUUGAUUCGCAGAUUUAUUAGAUAGAAUAUUUGAUUCUAUAUGAGUAUAAAUAGUAUAGAUAGCCUGCAAAUAUAAAAUCAUCCUUGUCAUAUGGUGUAAAUAAUAUAGGUGUUUCUUCUUUAAAAAUCCCGUGUGUUGGACACAAAUCGUCUUGUAAUAGUCUCCAUAAAUGCCCAACUCUGCUGGUCCAGGAUCAGUAUGAGGAGCCCUAUGACCUCCUGUGUGUGUCUGUCUACACAACUGGGAUGUUACAGUAAUGCCUGCUGCCCAUAUUUAGAAAAUUUCAUGAAAGACAAUGGAUCGGUAAACUGCAGUCUGUCAUUAGCACUUUGAAAUUAUCUUUUGUCUUAUUAAGACACUUAUUUUGCCAAAAAAAAUAAUCAUUUUUUUCCCACAUCAGAAGCAUACUAUGACAAGACCCCUGUGUUGUUUGGAUUGUCAUGGAGGAGAUUAGCUUUAGACAUUUUACAUACAUUCUGGCGUUGAGAGCGGAGUCAAACAAUCAUGUAGAAAUAGAUUAAAUAGAUAUGUAUAUAUAUAUUCUGAAUUCAAAGUGCAUGGCUGGCACGUGCCAAUGAACAUGUCCCUUUACACUUGGAUAGUUUUAUCUGCAUUUCUUAGCUGGUCUAUUUAAGUUUGAUGUUGUGAUGCAGUUUGUUUGUUGGAGCCUCUGGUCAAACCAGCCACACAAAGAUUGCAUAGAUGUAGCUGAUGGAUCUCGAAAAAUACUAUUUUCUUUUCAGCAGUUUAGUUUUUGUGACAGGUGCCUAAUGUGUGAAAAUGAUGGAUUGCUCAGAAACCAUUAUGUAAAGCAAUAAGAGUGCAGACACAGGUCCACUCUGUUCAUUUUUAAUUUUAUGCUAGGCCGCGUGGUCUUUGGGGUGUGCGAUGGCAAGGUUUUAUGUGUGUUUGUCAUUCAGCAAAUGCGCGUACCAACAUAUUGUGUGUUAAGGCUACUUAUAAUGGAUGCAAGCAAGGGGUAUACAGUAUCCAUGUUGCGCAUGGAUGAGUCACCCUCUGUGUAUGAAUGAUUGCGCACUGGUGACGAUUCACGGCUGAACCUUUCCUUCAUAACACACACACACACACACACAUACACACCUAGUGUCUCUGUCAUGAUUUUAGGGUGACAGUGAUAGUUCACAGUCCAACUUAUAUUAAAAUAAUGUUCAUGUUAGGAGUGAAAGAGAAUCUUUACAAAGCCCACAUCACAAAGGUUUGGAAAUUAAUUAUCCAGGCCAGUAUAUUGGCUGAUACUUGCUCAAAGGCCUGUUCACACCAGAGAGUGGUAUAGUGAAAUGAAUCUGUGUGUCUUUGUGAAAUAUUUGGUCUAUAAAAGUAUGGUGAUGCAGUAUAUUUGUAGGUCUAGGUGGUGAACUGCUGUAGCUACUAACUUGUUAGCUGGCUGGACUAGCAUUAGUAGGUCACGAAAGCUCCCAGAAACACUCUCUAUUUUCUCUCUGCUGUCCUGUUCACUCCAUUUUGUUACUAAAGGGGGAAGAUAAAGCUCUUAAUCUUGCUAACUGUCAGAUAGUAAACUUGUUGGCCUGUUAGCUUAGCUCAGUUCUUAGAUGGUUUGCUGUUGAGCAACAGUGCAAAUUUGUGAGUCAAAGUUGAAAAAAAUUAAACUUAAAGAUUUACUUCACCUCUGCAAGUGAGUCCAUUAACAGCAGUGACUGCAUGGGAAUAAACUGAAAUUGCUGUUGCUGCUUAUUACCUUUUUAAAAUGCUGGUGUGACCAGGCCUUAAUGCAGAUAUAUUUGUACUGGUGAAACUGCAGCAGAGAAAUACUAACAAUAUCUUCAAGAUAAUUUGGGAAUAGUGUCUCUGUUACAUUGUUUUCAUGACGUUUUUUCAAAACUUAAAUGUCCAGCUCAGUACAUAUUUUGGCCACAGCUCUUUAAUGAAAGGAUCCUUCUCAAAACUGUUGGCUGUUAUGUGUUCUAUAAAAAAUGACUGCCAAUAUAUGUUUUUUUGAUUUUUUCAACAACCAGCCUAAAAAAAUCAAACAUUGCUCCUGGCUCUAUUUGUGAAGAUGAUACACAAUGAUAAUUUAUAUUGCUUUAAAAAUAUGUAGCAUUUAUAUGUAGCAGCAUAUUGUGAAAUUAAUAAGAAGUAACAAUAUGGUAUCAUAAGUAGAAUCUAGCAUUUAGCAAGCAGAUGUGAGGCACCAUUAUGAAUGUGAGGACCAUGAUAUUAAUAAUGAGGACUGAAGAAUUUAAUGACACUAAAAAUCACCAUUUCACCAUUUUGUGAGGCUUACAGCAUGGGUUCUCUGUCAAAAGCUUCUGUACGUUGAGCUUCAAAUCAAAACCUAAACCAAGCUUUAUAGGAAGGACAUAACAUAGACAUAUGAACAGUAAAGCCUUAUGUGUGGGUGUGUGCUGCAGUUGACUUUCUGUAUGAUAAUAUAGUCUAAAACAGAAAAAAAGAAUUCAAAAGUUUUGUUUUGUGUCUUAAAACCCCUUGCCUGCAUGGUCUUGCCUUCUCUCAUUAAUAGUCAGAUUUAGCCUUAUGGAAAGUGACUCCUUAAGCUGUUUACUUUAUACCAGUGCCAGCAAAUGACUUAUGUUUUAUAUGUCAUUUUUAUUUAUUAUCUAUUUAUUUUAUUGUAGUUGUAGUAGUGAUGAUGACGGUGGACGUGCUUGAAUUUAAAAAAAAAAAACAAACAAACAAUAAUGUAAAUUAUUUUGCACUUUUCUUCUUAUGUUUACAUGUGUUUUGUUCUCUGGCUGAGAAGUCCCAUCAAACUAAUUUAUUGAUCUGUAUAUUAGUGCAAUACUAUAGAUUCUCUGACUGAAGAAAAUGCAUAUUUUCACGUGGCCAGUCAUUGCCGUGAUUGCAUGUUUGUCCAUGUUUUGAGAUGUCAUUUGGUAAUAUCAUAAUAUCAGUACCAUCAUGUUAAAUAUUACAGCAGUUUGGUGUUAGUCCCUCAUCUGCUGCAAAAAGUACAGUUGAAAAUAGUUUUUAAAAAAACAUGAACUACUGAGGUAAAAUACCAAACUGACUGCUGGAUCUCAGAUCAGCAGGGUGAGGUCAGUCAUCCCGCUGAUCAGCUGAUGAUCACUGUCUCCACUCCUUCUUGUAAAGCUCACCCAUUACGGGACAAACUGCAGAAGUCCUUCCAGAUCAGUGUCCGCGGGCAACUUCAUCCGUCUGUGUGUUCCUCGGCAGUUAAAGGUCAGGGGUCGGGGUUCGGCCCUGUCGUGUGUGUUCGCCUUCCCAUAGAGAUUUCUGCUUGUAGACAGUAGAAGCCAUAUUGCAUUGUCUCUUGGUGUUGUGUGUGCAGAAACACUUGUGGAGUCUCAUCAAACUGUAAAUAAGAAAACUGGGAAAAUGAAUAUGUGAAAGACCUGAAAGACAACGGUCUGUAACAUUUAGAAAAAAUGAUUCUUAUGAAUGUAUCAUACCUAGAGAUAAAAAGCUGUAUGACAAUGGAUUCUGCAUAAUAUUUCAUUAAAUAUAGCUGUGGUAUUUUC